AAAGUUCACAACUCUCUUUCAGACAGCUUCAACCUUCCAAAAUGGCGGUUAACGAUCUAUGUUCAGUUUCCGGCAUUUUAAAACUUCUGCAGAGUGUUCUUAUCUUCAUAACUUUGCUUGUUCAUAGACACGGAGAUAAUGGGUACUAUUUAUUUUUUGCUACAACAGGAUUAAAACUCGGAAACAAAGAUCCCAAUAUAGAUUAUGAGAACCUUGGGAACUCAACUUUAGUGAGUUUUAUGAUAAUCAACUUGGUUCUUAUCCUUGGAUAUGUCCUAGACGGACCUGAGGCUAUUCAUGCAUCUUUGUUAGAGCCAGUUUGGAAUCUUCUUGGAGCAUGCAUGUUUGUAGCUUCUGGGGCUGUAACUAUCAUCACUUGGCAGAAUGAAAAGAUGGUGGAUACUAGCGCCGGGAUGACAGAAACAGAAUUUUACAGAAAUGUUACAGCAGCGCUAGCCAUGGCGGGGCUGUGUAUUACUGUGGGUGCACUCUACCUUGUGGACUUUAUUUUUGGCUGGGUUACAAGAAGUAGAGAAACAGACGAGUACAAGAACCCAUAAUCUAAACUCAUAAAUAUUUAUACACAAUUCUGGACACACAGUGAGAAUAGAUUUUAAAAAUAAAUAUUAAGAAAGUACAA